AGUCACACUCCAAACUAGCAGCCCAAAUCCCCCACCUCCUAGGGCUCACGCCUCCCAAAGUCAGACAGAAACCUCAAGGCCAUUUCCUCGAACACAUCGCCGCCACCCAUGGCCACCUCCGCCCUCGCCGCCCUCUCCGCCACAGCGGCCGCCGGCACGCGCCUCCUCCUCUCGCGCCCCUCCCCCUCCUCCCUCUCCUUCGCCUCCCGCCGCCUCGUGGCCGCGGGCCCCCACCGGGCCGGGCUCCUCGGCGCGCCAAGGCGGGCCGCCUCCUCCGCCUCGGUGGCCCUCGCCGCCAUCGCGGUCGGGGACCGGCUCCCGGACGCGACGCUAUCCUACUUCGACUCCCCCGACGGCGAGCUGAAGACGGUGACGGUCCGCGACCUCACCGCGGGGAAGAAGGUGGUGCUCUUCGCGGUGCCGGGCGCGUUCACGCCCACCUGCACCCAGAAGCACCUCCCGGGGUUCGUGGCCAAGGCUGGGGAGCUCCGUGCCAAAGGGGUUGAUACCGUGGCCUGCGUCUCCGUCAACGACGCCUUCGUGAUGCGCGCGUGGAAGGAGAGCCUCGGCGUCGGCGACGAGGUGCUGCUGCUGUCGGACGGGAACGGGGAGCUCACGCGCGCCAUGUGCGUGGAGCUCGACCUCUCCGACAAGCCCGUGGGGCUCGGCGUGCGGUCCCGGCGCUACGCGCUGCUCGCCGACGACGGCGUCGUCAAGGUGCUCAACCUCGAGGACGGCGGCGCGUUCACCAACAGCAGCGCCGAGGACAUGCUCAGGGCGCUCUGAAAUCUGAAUUGCGACCCCUUCCUCCUUCGCCAUGCUCGCUGAUCGCACGGUUUCGCAUAAGUCGUUUUCUUGAUAUUAUCAGAAGCUAAGGCUGCAGUAUCGGUAAAACCUUGUGGGGGAUUCAUGUUUUCAGUGAAGCAAGGGGUCAGAUGCCUCUUGGGAGGAGCAACGGCUCAUCUUUCAUUUGCUAACACCUCAUUGCCUCUUCCAGUUAUUGUUAAUCCAUUCGAGUAUUAUAUAACUGGCGAUCAAGCCUUUUUAAAUUACUUGGUUUACCCAUGGUAUAUAAUAAUUAGAGUUCGGCAAGAACAUUACAGAGUUGAAGAGCUUGUCACUUUAUCAGAGAAAUUUGUGGGAA